AUGAAUGCUACAGCAGAUUAUUUGGACUAUAAUUAUAGCAGAAUUUCCCAUGAAGACGAAACUAUCAUUUUCUCUGUUGUAUUGAUCAUCUGCUGUAUUGGAGCCCCAUUAAAUGGAAUUGUUAUCUGGCUGCUUGGCUUCCAAAUUAAGAGAAACCCUUUCACAGUAUUGAUUCUUAAUUUAGCUAUUGCCGACUUUGGGUCUCUCAUCUUUAUGACUAUAUCUUGUAUUAACAUCUUUAUAGGUUUUAUACAGUCAGAAAUUCUCCAGCAAAUCUUCACGUCUCUCUUCAAUGUUACAUAUAUCAACGGUCUGUUUCUUCUGACAGCCAUCAGUAUAGACCGAUGCGUGUCUGUCCUUUUCCCAAUCUGGCAUCGCUGUUCCCGGCCAAAAUAUUUGUCCCCUGCUGUCUGUGCCAUCCUCUGGAGCUUCUCUUUAUUCCUGAAUGGAAUUAGCCUCAAUCUUGAUAGUUUACGUUUUUCUUAUACCCUCCAUGAUCUCCACUUGAUUGUGACUGCUGUGCUUUGCCUUCCGUUGAUCAUAACCUCUAUUGUGAUCCUGUUCAUCAAAAUAUGUCUUAAAUCAAAACAGCUCAAACGUGGAAGAAUCCUAGUGAUGGUCUUAAUUAAUCUUCUCUGUUUUCUUAUUUUUACACUCCCAUUAUAUAUCUAUGUGUUCAUUACUCAUUUUAUUCAGAAGUGGGAUUUGAUUGAUAGUAAUGAAUUAAAGUUCUACUACCGUCUGUGUGCUUCUCUAAAUUGCAGCAUUAACCCAGUGAUCUAUUUUCUGGUUGGGAGAAAGAAAAAAGCUCGCUCGAGGGAGAGCAUCAAGGUCAUUUUUCAAAGAGUUUUCAGGGAAGACGAAGCUCCUGAAAUCUGA